AUGCAUGAGAUGGCCAGCCACAGGUUUCUUUUCUUCUUCCUCCUCCUCUCGGCGCUGCUCGCGAGGGUGGCGGCCGGAGGGGACGGCCACGCCGCCGGCACGAGCGGGGCGCGCCCGCCGGACGUGGCGUUCGACGUGCGGGCGAGGAAGUGGUGGCCGCGCGUCCCGGCGACGGACGGCCUCGUCAGGGGCAGCGAGCGCCGGGUGCCCAACUCCUCCGACCCGCUCCACAACCGCUGACGUGAUCACACCGCCGCUGCCUGCUCCGAUCCAUGGCGCUCUCGCAUCGCCCCUCUAGUCUAGAUCAGAGGCCCAAGAUGCGCAUACAAAUGUGGUAGCUCAUUUUGCCUUUUGUCGGCUCCACUGUUUUGUAAUGAGAAAAAUUGAUCGGCGUUUUGCCGGGCUGUGCAUACACAUUUCACAUUUCCUUCUUA